AAGAGAGAGAAAGAGUGGAGUACAGGGUGAAGGACAGAGAGAUUGAAAGUAAGAGAGAGAGAGAACAAGAAAUACAAACCCUUCGAGGACCUUACAGACUGGUGACGUAGCUCUACCCCGAAGACGAACGUGGUGGUCAUCAGCUUGCCAUGGCAACCAAAAUAGUAACAUUUCAUUGCCUGGAGGCCCAGGAGGAGCAGAUGUCUCACAGCAUGGAACUGUCCUCUCAGCUCAGGAAGAAGAAGUUUACAUCCAGUGAUGAAGAGGCCUCCCUCUGCAAGUUCUAUCCCAUCAUCCCCGGCGACAUCAUGUCAGUAAAGGAGAUUCUAACGGAGCCCAAAUUCCCACGUCACAGGACAUGGGAGGUCCUGAGGGAAACCCUGGCUGACGAUGAGCUCCGCCAAAGGGACCAGUGGACGCUUUUUGGUAACGAGGCCGAAAAGGUCGAAGUCGAGGUGAUCCGCAACCAACACGAGGUCCGCAGGCGGGUGGACCGCUUGGCGCUGCGCAGAGAGGCACAGCGAAAGGCCUCCAUGCACCUGAGGUUUCUGGAAGACUUGAGCAUGAAGGCCCCAGACUUCCCCAUCCCCCUGCGCCCACACACCAUGUGGGAGGGCAUGACUGUCCAACUCUCCUGCACCUCCCAGGGCAGCCCGGCUCCCUGCAUCACCUGGUACAAAGAUAACGUGCCUCUGAGAGAGACACCACAGCCCUGGAACUACAAGCUGCAGCAGAAAUACGGCCUCAACACCCUGGAGAUUAGAAGGUGUAGCCCUGCCGAUGCUGGGGAAUACAAAGUGGUGGCUAGAAGCUGCUUGGGUGAAGCGAGUACCUUCGCCACACUGGCGGUGAACUCAUAUCACGGCACGGAGGCCGGUCUGCUGCGCGCCCAGACCGCGGGCCCAGUGCUGGACCAGGAGGCAUCAUUCGCCUCCACUUUCCCUCCAACCUUUGUGAAAGAGGGGGAGAACCUGGUCCUCGUCUGUGGCUUCUCCUCCCCUCUGCUCCCCUUCCAGCAGGAUGUCACCUGGUUCAGAGACGGGGUGCCUCUGCGUCCAGCUGGCCACGUGGAUCUGCAGACAGACCUGCGCACUACCACGCUCAGCCUGAAGGGGAUGCUCAAGGAGCAUGAGGGGCUUUACUCGGUCCACCUGCGCACCUGGGAUGGCACCGUAGAACACAGCGCUUUCGUCUAUGUCAAAGAUGGACCGGCUGCUGUUUCUGGGGCAGCCGGGUCUCCUCUGCAGGUUGGCUGCUCUGACGUGAACAGGGACUACGUCUUCCUCUCCUGGAAGCCUCCCAGUGCAGACGGAGCAGGCCCGGUGCAGGGAUACUUCAUCGAGAGGUGUGAAGUAGGCACCAGGAAGUGGAUACGCUGUAACGAGCUCAUCCAGCCACUGUGUCACUACCCUGUCAUGGGUUUGAACGAGAACACCAUGUACCAGUUCAGAGUGUGUGCAGUCAACCAGGCCGGCGUGGGACGCCCAUCUAAACCCACCAACCCCAUCCUCACCUCUGACCCUAUGGAGCCCAGCAGGACUAUGGUGGUCAAGGUAGAGAGAGGGAAAGAGAUUGUGAUCACCAAGGACCAGCUGGAAAGUCAGAUCCGCGUUCCAUUUCCUCCGACAGACGUGCGUGUGUGUGAGCUGAGUGACACCUAUGCUGUGAUGUGUUGGACCGAGCCAGACCCGCGGGGCAAGGAGCCACUCAGCUAUUUCGUGGAGCGGUCAGAAGCAGGGAAGGAGAGCUGGCACCUGGCCAGCUUUGAGAAGAGGAUCAGCUCGACUAGGUUCGCUGCCUUUGACCUGCAGAAGGGGAAGACGUACCGUUUCCGAGUGCGCUCCGUCAACAAGUACGGUGUCAGCGAGCCGUCAGAAGCCAGCCAGCCUGUCUCCCUGCAGGAAGCGCUCGGCAUACCUGCAGCAGCCCACUCUGUUCAGGCCAUCAGGGACACUGCCAAUUCAGUCCUACUGCAGUGGAAAGAGCCCAAAAACCCAGAGGGCAUUCUGGGAUACUACCUAUACUGCUGCGAGUUGGGGACCUCAGAGUGGAGAACCAUCAACAACAAACCAGUCACCUGCACCAGGUUUACAGUGCACGGCCUCAGAACCGGAAAGGAGUACGUGUUCCGUGUGAAGUCCGUGGGUCGAGCUGGAAACAGCCGCUAUUCUGAGGAAUCCGAGCCGCUCCGAGUGAGGGCAGCCAAGCUGGUCCCGACGGCCCCGUCUGCCAUUUCUCUCCUCCGCUGCACGGGCAUUGAGAUGGUGAUCGCCUGGCGAGCCCCUGCCAGCAACGGCGGAGACCCCGUGCGUGGCUACUACCUGGACCAGCGGGAGAAGUCCCAGAGCACAUGGUCAGAGGUCAACGUCAGACCUGUCAAGGAUAGGGUGUACACGGUGUCCGGUCUCCGGGAGGGACACUACUACCAGUUCCGUGCGUUUGCAGAAAACCUCAUAGGAGUGGGUAGACCUUCUGUGCCCAGCGAGGCCUUUCUGUGCGAGCAGUGGACAAUGCCCGUGCCUGGCAGCCCUUAUGAUCUGGAGUUACGAGAGGUUAGGCAAGAAUCCCUGGUCCUGUUAUGGGCGGAGCCUCUCUAUCAAGGACAGUCAGCAGUCACUGGUUAUGUGGUGGAGAUCAGUCCAGGGGAGGAGUCAGAGGACUGGACCGCUGUGACAAAGAAGCCAAUCACAGACACCCAAUUAAAGGUGUCUGGGCUGCAAGGUGGUCAGAUUUACCGCCUGCGUGUGUCCGCCGUCAACAGUGCUGGAGUAGGAAGACCCUCUCUCCCCACGGAGCCAAUCAAAGCCCAGACCAGCCCAGGAAGCAGAGACAUCGAGAUCGGGGUCGAUGACGACGGCUUCGUCUUCAUGAGCUUCGAGGGCCCUGAGACUGCUGACAAAGGCGAGGUGAAGUGGAAUAAGAACUACAGAGAGCCUAUUGAGGCCGGAAGAGUCCGCUUGGAGAGCAAGCAGAACAAGUCCAUUCUCACCUUCACGGCCGCCUCAGAGGAGGACCUGGGCCUCUAUACUGCUGAAAUGACUGAGACCCCUGGCAUCUCCUCCGGUUUCAAUUUCACCGCAGCAGAUCUGGAGCGACUGAUGGAGCUGAGCUGGCAGGUCCGACACCCACUGAUCAGUCUGCGGUCGGAGGGCUGGCAGGUGGAGGUGUUGGAGCAGGGAGCUGUGCGUCUGUGGCUGCAGACCGAGCCUCUGAGCAAGGGUGCCGAACUGCGCAUGAUUCUCAACGACAGAGAGAUCUCCAGCACACCGGCACGCAGGAUCGGAUUUGACAGGGAGAAUGGACUAGUGGACAUUCUAUUUAAUCAGCUGGCAAAGGAGGAUGAAGGUUCCUACACAGCUCAGCUCAAGGAUGGCAGGGCUAAAAACCAGUUCACACUGGUCCUGGUGGAUGAGAAGUUCAAGCAAGCCGUGGCCAAAGCCGAGGCCAAGAGGCGGGACUGGAAGAGGUGUGCAGGUCCCCACUUUGAGGAGUUUUUGUCCUGGACUGUGACAAAUGACUGUGAGAUGAUUCUGAAAUGCAAGGUGACCAACGUGAACAAGGACACGAAGCUGAAAUGGUUUAAGGAUGGUGUGGAGAUCACGCAGGCCACAUACGAGCAGUCUGGAGUUGGCAAGUAUACAGUUGCCCAGGUGACACGUAAGGAAGCAGGCGUGUACCGGGCCGUUGUCUCUGACAGCAGAGGAGAAGACGAGAGCAUGCUGGAGUUAGUGGACAAGGAGUUUGACAAGCUUACGCAGCAAUUGAGCAAACAGUGCGCUCUCUCCGCCGGCCCCGUGAGGAUCCAGUGCACGGCAGCCGGCUUUAAACUCUACUGCUCUCUGAAGGACUAUCUGAGCUACGUGAAGACCAGCUGGUACUUCAAAGAGAAGAAGAUUGAUCAGGAGGAGAGAACCAAACCUGGCAGCAGUAUGCAGAAAGUCUGGAUCGAGAUAUUCAGCCCCACUGAAUAUGACAAAGGGAAGUACACCCUGCAGAUGCUCGAUGGGCAGGAGACACACACGCGCUCUCUGGAUCUGUCCGGACAAGCAUUUGCAGAUGCUCUGCUGGAGUACCAGAGACUGAAGCAAGUUGAAAUUGCUGAGAAAAACCGUGCCAGAGUCACGAAGGGAUUACCAGAUGUGGUGGCCAUAAGGGAAGACAAGUCUCUGUGUUUGACCUGUUUUGCCGACGGUGACCCGGCCCCGGAGAUGUCCUGGCUAAAGAACGACCGGGAGAUCCCCUCGGCGGGACGCUACCACAUUGCCCUCGACAACAAGUGCUCCACCCUCACCAUCCACACUGUGAACAUGGAGGACUCGGGCAACUACAGCAUGUUUGUGCGCAACAAGCACGGCACGGAGACGGUCAGCGUGACCGUCAGCGUGUACAAGCACGGAGAAAAGCCACGGGCCGAUGCCAUCGAAAUGUAGCGCACAGCAGGUUCGAGGACGCGUCCAGUUCGAGGACGCGUCCAAUGCAGUGUUACUACAAACUAGCCCCCAGGAUUAGCUUACGAUGUAGUACCAGUACCAGUACAAAGCGUAUGGUCAGCAUGUGUACUGAAUAGUUUAUUGGAUGUGAAAGCCUCGGUUAAUGGCAGGGAAACCAGCCAAUCAGCUGUACCCAGAAUCCCAGAUAGGGAAUUAAGAGCACAUCAGUCCAGAGGUUAACCAAGCAAAAGGCCUGCAAGUCUGUUUGAUUUGGUUUGUUUCUGUGUUACUGUUGAGUGGAAUGAAACUAAAAGGCCUUUUCUUUCAUUGUUUUUUGUUUGUGUUUUGCUUAUUUGGUUUGUAGCAUGAUGGUGCCUGUCUUAAUUUUUAUGGUGCAAAAGAAAUAAACAAAUGGGUCAGGGUACGUGUUGUAAUAAGACGUGUGUGUGUGUGAGAGAGAGAGAGAGAGUGAGAAAAAAAGGGCAAAGGGCUCAGCUCACUAAACUGGGCUUUUUAAAAACAUGAAAAUCAGAGGCCAUCUUUUUCUUUGUGCAAGUUGAAAAGCAAAUAGUCCAGAGUGUCAUUAACCUGCUGUCCAUCUGAACAGUGAGGCUGGCCUCACUACACAUCAAUAAA